AUGCGGAGCUGCAAGAUGGUGCGGGUGGCCAGCGUGCUGGGGCUCGUCAUGCUCAGCGUGGCGCUGCUCAUCCUGUCCCUCAUCAGCUACGUCUCGCUCAAGAAGGACAACAUCUUCGGGGCGCCCCGCGCCGCCGGCGCCGCCGGGCCCCGCAUGUACAUGUUCCACGCGGGCUUCAGGUCUCAGUUCGCACUGAAGUUCCUGGACCCCUCGUUCAUCCCCAUCACCAACUCCCUGGGCCAAGAGCUGCAGGACAAGCCCUCCAAGUGGGUGUUCAACCGGAGCGCCUUUGCCCACCAGAGGCAAGAAAUCCUUCAGCAUGUUGAUGUCAUCAAAAACUUUUCUCUGACCAAGAGCAGCGUUCGGAUUGGGCAGCUGAUGCACUACGAUUAUUCCAGCCAUAAGUACGUUUUCUCCAUCAGCAACAACUUCAGGUCUCUGCUUCCUGACGUGUCUCCCAUCCUGAACAAGCACUACAACAUCUGCGCCGUGGUCGGCAACAGCGGGAUCCUGACCGGGAGCCAGUGUGGGCAGGAAAUUGAUAAAUCAGAUUUUGUCUUUCGGUGCAAUUUUGCUCCAACCGAGGCUUUCCAGAAAGAUGUUGGAAGGAAAACCAACCUUACCACCUUCAACCCCAGCAUCCUGGAGAAGUAUUACAACAAUCUCUUGACCAUUCAGGAUCGCAACAACUUCUUUCUAAGUUUGAAAAAGCUCGAUGGGGCCAUUCUUUGGAUCCCCGCAUUUUUCUUCCACACGUCAGCGACAGUCACAAGAACACUGGUUGAUUUUUUUGUUGAGCACAGAGGACAGCUGAAGGUCCAGUUGGCUUGGCCAGGAAAUAUCAUGCAACAUGUUAACAGGUACUGGAGGAACAAGCACCUGUCCCCGAAGCGGCUGAGCACAGGCAUCCUCAUGUACACCCUGGCCUCGGCCAUAUGUGACGAGAUCCACCUCUACGGAUUCUGGCCCUUCGGCUUCGACCCCAACACGCGGGAGGACCUCCCGUACCACUACUAUGACAAGAAGGGAACCAAGUUCACCACCAAGUGGCAGGAGUCCCACCAGCUGCCUGCAGAGUUCCAGCUGCUCUACAGGAUGCACGGUGAAGGACUGGCCAAACUCACCUUGUCGCAUUGUGCCUAA